AUGGGCAUCAACAUGAUCUAUUACUACGGCUACUUUGUCACCGAGGAUGUCUACAGCACUGCAAUGGACGGUGCUAAAGACAUCAUACCUCGCCGACUUCGUCGCUCGAAACUUUUCAGAAGAUCCAAGGAAUCUAAAUCAGCAUCAACAGAAGAGCCUGAAUUUUAUAACCCCACUACAUCAGAGGAAGAAUGCUCAAAGUCAUUCACCUCUGAAGACACCGCAGAUACCGUCAUCCAUUACUCGUCGGAGGACAAGCAAAGCGAGCUUGAGCAAUAUGUUUCUUCUAAUGAUUCUAAAGAAUCCACCGACACGAUCAUUCAUGAUGAGACGGUCAAAAUCUCGCACCGUCAGAGGUGCAAGGAGAAGCUUCGAAAAUGUCUGUCUUCAAAGACAUUGAAAGCAAAAUUCUCCAGCUAUAACAUUUCUUCGGAUGAACGCAUUGAAUUAAAGGAUGAGAUUGUUUCGGACAAUCACAUCAACACAAAUGAUCACAUCAUUUCAGAUAAUCAUGAUGACUUGAACAAUGAUGUUCAUUUGAACAGCAUUAUCAAUACAGACAAUGUCACUGUUACAGACAGUUCAGGAGCUUCAGGUAAUAUUUACCAAAAGAAGCAAUGGUCUGUUUCGGAUUAUUCUCUUUCUAUCUACUCGCAAGAUGGUAUCGAUACCAUCGUCGUACCUCCAAAGGAGAGGGAAAUCAACAACUUAAAAGCAAAAUUAUUCAACCAAGAGUUGGAAAACAAGAAACUUCGCUCAAAGAUCUCGCAACUUAGCAUCGAGCGCAUCUCAAAUUCAGGCUCAACAUCAGAGUCUGUUAUCCAUACCCCAUUGGAGACAACCAAAGUCUCCGAGCUUAGCAGUGACACUCCUACCUCAAAUUCAGGCUCAACAUCAGAGUCUGUUAUUCAUACCCCAUUGGAGACAACUAAAGUCUCCCACCGUCAAAGAUACCGAGCCAAGAUUCGUCGAUGUCUUUCCUCCACUCAGGAAUUCCUGGCACCUUUGAAGGCCUUGCAUCCUAACAACCGGGCUGAAAAGGGCCACACCAAGCAACAAGCCAAAGAAGCCCUUGAAGCUUUGCAGAACGCUCCAAUGUUCUUCGAAUCAGUCCCAUUUGAGUCCACUGAGGAGGGUGAAGCUCCAACCUUCUACUGCCCUCGUCAUGGCACCUGCUCUUCUCAUUUUGCUUGGUGUUUCUGCGAUUAUCAUCCCAGCGCUGCCCAUCGCCAAAGUGAAAGAGUCGAAGACUGGUUGCUGCCAGCUUGGCGUGCCAUUGUUACAAAAGGCAUAGAGGAAGAUAGGGCUGAAAAGGCUAGGAUAGAAGAGCAGGCUGGAAUGGAAGAGCAAGCUAGCAUGGAAGAGCAUGCUAGCCUGGAAGAGCAAGCCAGCAUGGAAGAGCAAGCCAGCAUGGAAGAACAAGCCAGCAUGGAAGAGCAAGCCAGCAUGGAAGAACAAGCCAGCAUGGAAGAACAGGCUAGAAUGGAAGAGAAGAUCAGAAUGGAAGAAAAGGUCAGGAUGGAGAAAAAUGUCAAGAAGGAAGAGCAAGUUAGGAAGGAAGCGCAAGCUCUACCCAUUAAAAAGCAGCCUGAACCUCAAAGAUUUUCUGCUGACGACUAUAUUGAUCUGAUCAGCGACCUCACUGACGAUUACCUUGGUUAUUCACGCUCUAAAUCACGCAGUCAUAAGCGCAGCAAGAGUAAGAAAAGAGUUGAGAAAGCUGUGGAGGAAAAGAUGGAGGAACUAGCUCUACCCAUCCAAAAGCAUCCUGAACCUCAAAGGCAUUCUGCUGAAGAAUAUGUUGGUCCAGCCAGCGACCGGACUGACGAUUAUCUUGGUGUUACGGGCUACAACCCACGCACCGGAACGCUCGACAAGAGCAAGAGAAGUAAGAAGAACAAGGAACACCGCCGUGUUCGCUGGGCCAGCACUGAGAAGGGAUGGGAGAGCAAAGCUGUAAGCUCUUCUAGCCCCUUAGCUGAAUGCACCAAGGAGAAUGAGAAGAUCGAGGUGCCUUUUUUAGCUUAG